GCGGCGACAGCUCCUGCAGUUCCCAAACAGAUGAAUAACGUCGUUUGAGUUAGGCACGUGACUCUGUAACGUGGAAGUCUGAAGAAGAAUAUCACAGAGUGUGUGGCAUUAUACAGCAGCUGCUGUGAAGACAUGCCUCCAAAUAAGAAAAAUGGCGUUCCUGACAGAUGGAUAGACUAUACUGCAGUGGGCAAACGGAUCCCUGGAUCACGCUUCAUCGCCUUCAAAGUUCCUUUAAAACAGUCUUUCAGGUAUCAUUUAAAACAAUCAGAAGUGUUUGGACCGUUUGAUCUUGUGCGUAUGUUGGAGAAGGAAGGACAAGAACUGGGUCUCAUCAUCGAUCUGACCUUCACAACUCGUUACUACAAAGUAGAGGAUUUGCCAAACACGCUUUACCACGUGAAGAUCUUCACAGCAGGGCAUGAAGUGCCAAAUGAUGCCACGAUUCUCAGCUUCAAGAAGGCCGUUAGACAUUUUCUGCGUGAAAAUGAAAACAACGAUAAGCUGAUUGGUGUUCAUUGCACACAUGGUUUGAAUCGCACCGGCUAUCUUAUUUGUCGAUACCUAAUCGAUGUUGAUGAGAUGAAGCCCCAAAAAGCGAUUAAUUUGUUCAAUGAUUCAAGAGGACACUCAAUUGAGAGGCAGAACUAUCUAAAUGACCUGAGGACGGGGCCCAAGAGAAGUAACGUAGGAAUGGAGGAACCAGACCAAGAACCCUCCCGGGGACUUGCAAACGAGACACAACAUGAGGCUCCUCAUCAUCGAAGAGAACAGCAUAACCAUAAUCCUCGUUUCAGUGGACAAGGACCUCACAUAUGGCACAGGGGGCCCCAGCAUAAUUUAUUUAACGAGCGAAUGAAGGAACCAGAUCAAGAACCCUCCCAGGGACUUGCAACCUUCCAAACUCCUCAUUAUCGAAGGGAACAGCAUAACCAUGAUCUCCGUUUCAAUGGACAAGGACCUCACCAAUGGCACAGUGAACCUCAGCAUAAUUUUUUCCCUUCUCAACAGACGAACAACAUGACGUGGUUCAGACCCCCUCAGCCACAGUCCAUCCGCCCGCCUCUGUUUCCUCAUCCACCCCAGAGACCAACGAGUGCCGGAGGAUUCUACUUCAGUCCUUCAGCCCCAUAUCCGCCUCCACUUCAUGAGCCACGCCACAACCCACAUGCCUCUCCAGAGGGAUCAACGAGACCUCUCGGGCCUCACCGAAAACCGCGAAAUAAACAUUGGAAAGGACAGAAAGAUAGGACUCCUCGCUGAAACGGAGGAGGCUUCAUCUGGUCAACCCAGGACUGGACUGCGCUGUCAUUAAACACAAUCUGCUAGUCCUCUUGUUAAAUUGUUCUCUCUGUGAAGGAACUGUGCUUAGUAUUUGGAGUAAAUGAAUGUGGUUGAGCUUGACUUUUUUUAUUGGACUAUGCUAGCUAACAAUACUAUAAGUUUUGAGAUUGUUGUCAGGUCAUUUUAUAUAGCAAAUCUAAAUGACACACACAAUCUAUAACUGCUCCAUAUCUAAAAUGCCGUUCCACACACCCCGGAUUUCAUUUGUAUUUAUACUCUCAGAAGUAAACCUUUUGUUUUUAGUGUGAAAUGGCCUGUUUUAUUACUUUUUAAUUGUGUGACCAGACAGUUUGUGUGUUGGCCUUUGACUCCGUUGGCUACGAUUGGACAUCAGCACCAUUUCUUAGAGUUUUAAAUGAAGUGAAAUAUUAAACACCAUUACAAGUGCAAUUACAGCUGUUUUAUAAUCUCCUUAUAUUUUACAUAUUUUAUAAAGUUAAUUUUUUAUCAGUUAAAAUAUUCUAGCUGAUAUAUGGUCCGUUAUUUAGGCUACAGGUCUACUGGUCAGAUGUUCCCUGGUUGAGGUCAAAUUAAUAAAAGGUUUAUCUGCUCAA